CGACUAGUGAGCUGAAGGGUCCUACUGACGUUGGAGCAAACUAAUUACAAAAAAAUGCCCCAAACACGUUACUGCUGGACAUACGCGGUGAUGGCAGCUAACUUUUGGGCGGCCCUGAUUGCAGCUCAUCCACAGCGAGCGCCUGAAUUUCCUCCAGCGUCACUGAUCGAACGAACGACGGAUCAGCAUCGGAAAUGCGUUGAUGAGACCGGUGUCAGUGAAGACUCUAUCGCCCGUUUCAACGGACCAGAAGUUUUUGAUGAUGAUGAACGACUGAAAUGCUACAUGGAGUGCCUGUUUCGCAAUUUCAACGUUACCAAGCCGAAUGGUGACGUGGAUUUAAUUGAAGUGUAUCAUGCAAUUCCGAAAGAGCUGAACAGUGUUGCCCUGAAGGUUCUCAAUAAGUGCCGUGACAUUGCUGACGGUUCUACUCGGUGCGAGAGAGCAUUCUCUCUGCACAAAUGCUGGAAGCAGACGGAUCCACUACACUACUACCUGUUCUGAGAAAACUAUGAUGCUCCAGGAAAUUUAUGGUGGUAAAAUAAUUACAGUUUCAGUACCCAAGUAACAUUCAGAAUGCUUCAAGAAUUUAUUCUGGUUUCGUUUUUGUUUCAAGUUGGCUUGCAUGAAAACCUUCGAUUGUAAGUAGAUUUUAUUUGAUAGUCAUGAAAUAUGUUCUGCAAAUAGGCUUUACAAACCAUCAUAUGUCUACCAUAAUACAACUUAGCCUCACAGUUUAAAAAACGACCAUAAAUUUGUUUUAUAUUGACUUUCAUAACUACCAAAUAAAACCAAAAAUACAUAACCCGUGGAGUUGUAUGAUAGUCCCUCUUAAAGCUAAGAUAAAUUUCCAAGUUGUGAUUUCCUUUUGAACAGAAUUUGUUAUGGCAACCCCGUCAUGUAGGUCAUUAUUGUGGCUUGAAUAAUACUUCAUGAUCGGAACAUAGCCAGACGAAUGCUAUGAUAGGUUGACUUAGGUUAUGAUAUGCUAUGUUCUGAUCAAAUUAUAAGAAUUUGUUAUGACGAAGAUUUUAAAUUCGUCCGGGUUUUUUUUUUCUAAAACAACAUGUCGUAUUGAAUGGAACAAUUGCAAACUUUUGUAAUUAUAUCUGAAAUCAGUAUUUUCUUUUACGAGAUUAACAAAACCACUCCAUUGUUUUGAAAAUCUAAUGAUAGAUAACGGCAUACAUUUAACAAAAUACUCCAAAUCAUGGCAUUUAUUUAUGUAUCACCUUAGUUUAGAGGAACUGAAUUUCAAUUAAAUAUUCAUUUCCUACCGAAUUCCUGUGGCGCGUAUCAUUUGCGAUGAAAUUCGUGGCCUGUUUCACCAUAAAUAUUUUAUGGCAUGUGUUUUCUCAUGCACGAAAACAAUUAAAAGGCAACAAUAUAUUCAUUAAUCAGUCAAGAUGGAAAUAAAAAUUUACACAAUUUUGUUUUCGCGACACUGAUGGAAAAUAACCCUGUCAUAAAGAAAUAAAGCCAAGAUAAAAUUCAAUACAUCACACUUAAUUUGUAGAAUAUAUCUCAAUUAAAAUUUCGAGGCCAUUAUGUGGUAAGUAAAUCGGGUUGUAUGAAACAUCUGGUCCUAUGUUGGAGCGUAUAUGAAGUUUUGAUGACUGCAAUAAAGCUGGGCCAACUAGCCAUAACACAUGUUUGUAGCUGUUCUAAGUAAGUAAGUUGUUAUAACCGUAUGGUCGGCAUUGAAGGUUUUAUGUUUUAGUUGUAUCAUAUACUAAACAACUUUGAUAUAACCGAUUUUGUUACUUGGGUAUGUUCAUGUAGAAACAUUCUUGGAACACUAUAAUUACAAUUUACAUGAUCGAA